AUCGGCGUGUGGCACUCGAACAGGACGCUGGCCAUGAACACCACCACGCUGGCCAUGGACGUCUCCGAGAGCCUGGCGAACAAGACCCUCAUUGUCACCACCAUCCUGGAGAACCCCUACGUGAUGCGCAGGGCCGGGGCGCAGGCCCCGGGGGGUGCCGGGGAGCAGUACGAGGGAUUCUGCGUCGACAUGCUCCACGAACUCGCCGGGAUCCUCAAGUUCCGCUUCCAGCUGCGGCUGGUGGAGGACGGGCUGUACGGGGCACCCGAGGCCAACGGCUCCUGGACCGGCAUGGUGGGCGAGCUCGUCAACCGG